GAAGCUAAGGUUUGGGUCCGUUGCUACUAAAAUUGUGUAAAAAAUAUUUUUAACAAUUGAAAUACACUAACAAAGUUUCCACCAAAAGGAUUGUUUAAGGGAAUUUAUUAGUCUUUGAACGACACUGAUUUUAGAAACCGGGUUUCGCGGUUUAGUUAUUUUUUUAGUAUACAUGCUUAAAUUAUGUGGAAUUUUUUUGCAAUUUAAAAAUAUUUGUACUGUAAACUGUACAUUGAAUUUUAGUCGUACACUUGCUGUUUGUAUGAGUUAAGCUCUAUUCUGUACAUGAACAUAUUACUAAAACUGGGAACUUUGCACUCCUGAUUUAAACCUGAAUAAAGUUAAGUCUCUAAAGAGUUCAGAAUUAAAUCUUAAAUCUGAAUUUCCUCCACGAAUACGGAGAAAUGCAGGGUUUAAAGAGUUCUGCUGGUUCCUCGGUAGGACUGAAAACCCCUGAGGAUGAAAUCACUUGGAAACCAUUUCCCGGUGAAACUACUCUGACUAGCAAUGGAGGUUCUGUUACCAUAUUCUCCGGAAGGAAAACUGAGAAUAAGAAUGAAAGUGUCCUGAAAACAGCUGAAGUUAAAGAAGAAAUUCACGGCGCUCAAAGCCAGGCAGAAACUGUGAGCAGGUUGAUAGAUAAUCCACAUGUUAGGCUGGUGUCGAAUGCCUUUAGGUCCUUUGGAUCAUUCGCCUGGGAAUCUAUUAAUCUAGGUCUGUUAAGAGGAGUUGACACGGUUUUGGGAGGAACUGUUCAGUUUCUCCGCCAGUUUGAUAACGAAGAAGAGAAGCGAUGGAAAAGGAUUCUUGCUGCCUCGGUUCUCCAGUUUCUCUUGGUUUUGGUGAAUAUCUCCGUAUGUAUCCUGAGGUACCUGGAUAUAGAUCUUCCUCUCAGGGUACCUGGUACACCAGGGAUACCGGAGAGCCCCUCGCUUCGGAAACGUAAGCACACUGAGAUGGAGGAUCUAGAACUUUCUAAGGAUAAGAUUGGUUCUAAAAAGUUGAGAACUGACCGGGUUUAUUUCUCUAUCCAGGAUUUUGUCAGUUUCAUGCUUGGGUCAAGAACUGAACAUUCUAAUAAUUUGAAGAACUACCAAGAGCAAAACAAGUGUGAAGAGGAAGAGAAGAAUAAUGAGCAAGGAGAGCGCGAAAAACAAGAAACCCCACAAGAACAAGAGAGGCGUGAAGUGAACCAUGACGAGCAAAGAAACCCCAAAGAACAGGGAGAGCAAAAAGAAAAAAAAACGCAGGAAAAUAAAAAGACGUACGCUGAGACGGAGAUGAAAAACGGUCUAAAAAUGCUGAAAAAACAGGAAACAGACGGAGAACGGGAGAAGGACGGAGAACGGGAGAAGGACGGAGAACGGGAGAAGGUCAGAGAACGGGAGAAGGAUGGAGAACGGGAGAGGGAUGGAGAACGGGAGAGGGACGGAGAACCGGAGAAGAACGGAGAAUGGGAGAAGAACGGAGAAUUGGAGAAUGACAGAAAACGGGAGAAUGACGGAGAACGGGAGAAUGACAGAGAACGGGAGAAUGACAGAGAACGGGAGAAUGACAGAGAACGGGAGAAGGACGGAGACCGGGUGAAGGACGGAGACCAGGAGAAGAAGGGAGAAUGGGAGAAGAAUGGAGAAUGGGAGAAGAACAGAGAACGGGAGAAGAACAGAGAACGGGAGAAGGACAGAGAACGGGAGAAUGACGGAGAACAGAAUGAAGGAGAACAGAAGGAUGGAGAACAGAAGGAAGGAGAACAGAAGGAUGGAGAACAGAAGGAUGGAGAACAGAAGGAAAGAGAACAGAAGGAUGGAGAACAGAAGUAUGGGGAACAGAAGGAUGGAGAACAGAAGGAUGGAGAACAGAAGGAUGGAGAACAGAAGGAUGGAGAACAGAAGGAUGGAGAACAGAAGGAUGGAGAACAGAAGGAUGAAGAACAGAAGGAUGAAGAACAGAAGGAUAGAGAACAGAAGGAUGGAAAACAGAAGUAUGGAAAACAGAAGGAUGGAGAACAGAAGUAUGGAGAACAGAAGUAUGGAGAACGGAAGGAUGGAGAACAGGAGAAGGAUGGAGAACAUGAACUUGCUGAUAUGAAGGAACAAAAUGAACAAGGAAUGGAAGCUUAUCAGUAUUUCCGUGCUGAUCCGUGGAAAGAGAAUGAAGAGAAAGAGGAAGAAAGAAGAAAAAGAAAAGAGGAUAGAGAGGAACAAAAGAAAGUUGAAGAAAAGGAAGUAUCUGGAAAGAGUGAAGAUAAGACUUUUAACAAUGCUGAGAUAAUAGAGAAGAACAAUAAUUUCUUGAAGGAUGGUUCUGGUGUAAACAAGAAGGAUGAAGAAGAUCUUGGAAACGGACCUGAAAUCCCCAAAACUCUAGAAUUUGAAUCUGACAAAUUGUCCCAAACUGGAGAACAGGUUCACGGAGAAAAAUAUAAACAGGAACCAGAGAUAAACACAGGAAGCGGAAAGGCAAUAAGACAUAUCGUGGAAUCAGGAGAGGAGAAACAUAAGAAAGUGAAGACCUUGACAACUAUCGCCAUGGAAGCAGGAAGGAAGUCGGGAAAAGGAAAUAACAUGGUUCCUGAAUUCGAAAAAGAAAAGGAAUUAGAUAAAAGGAAAUCCAAAGAGAUAGAUAAAGACGGAAAGACUGGUGAAAAUAAAGAAGGAAAGACUGAUGAGGAUAAAGAAGGAAAGACUGAUGAAGAUAAAGAAGGAAAUACAGAUGAGGAUAAAGAAGGAAAGACUGAUGAGGAUAAAGAAGGAAAGACUGAUGAAGAUAAAGAAGGAAAGACUGAUGAGGAUAAAGAAGGAAAGACUGAUGAAGAUAAAGAAGGAAAUACAGAUGAGGAUAAAGAAGGAAAGACUGAUGAGGAUAAAGAAGGAAAGACUGAUGAAGAUAAAGAAGGAAAGACAGAUGAGGAUAAAGAAGGAAAGACUGAUGAGGAUAAAGAAGGAAAGACUGAUGAAGAUAAAGGAGGAAAGACAGAUGAGGAUAAAGAAGGAAAGAAUGAUGAGGAUAAAGAUGGAAAGAAAGCUGAAAAUGAAGACGAUAAUGAUUCUGUAAAAGAGAAUGAAGAACCAAACAGGCAGAAAGAAGAACUGAAAGACCGCUUGGAGAACCCUUCAAAAUGUGGAAAAAAUUCUUCUGGAAAAAAGAAGCGUCGUAAAGGAAACAAGAAGGCGAAACUGUAUUUUUAAUUUUUAUUCUACUUUUCUUCAUUCUGUAAAUUGUGUCUUAUUUUGUAAUUGGUUACUUUAUAUUUAUUCUAAUAGAAAUAUAUUUGAAGUAUCCGUACACCAA